UAGCAGUCCUAUUAAAAUUCCGUUCCAUACCUACAAAUCACCAUUUUUAACAUUUGAAAUAUAUUUAUCUUGGUUACACUUAGGGAGAUUCUAUUAUUGCUGUUCUUUCUCUAUUGUAAUAUUGUAUUAGUUGGAGGGGAUGCUAAGGAAAUCGACCCAAUUCACGACUCUUCUUCGGCCAUUUUGUAAUUGACUGUUUCACUGCGUUCAACAAUGGCGGACGCUGCUCCUGCCGGUGGACGUGGCGGUUUUCGCGGCGGCUUUGGAUCGCGUGGCGGCGACAGGGGACGCGGCGGCCCACGUGGUCGUGGACGCGGUCGUGGCCGCGGUCGCGGUCGCGGCAAGGAAGACCAGAAAGAGUGGGUUCCAGUGACCAAGCUCGGGCGCCUUGUUCGUGAGGGGAAAAUCGACAAACUCGAGAGCAUCUACCUGUUCUCGUUGCCGAUUAAAGAGUUCGAGAUCAUCGACUUCUUCCUCGGUCCCUCUCUUAACGAUGAGGUGCUCAAGAUCAUGCCCGUGCAGAAACAGACCCGUGCCGGUCAACGUACUCGUUUCAAGGCUUUCGUCGCCAUCGGUGAUAACAACGGACACAUCGGUCUCGGCGUGAAGUGCAGCAAGGAAGUGGCGACCGCCAUCCGUGGCGCCAUAAUCCUAGCCAAGUUGUCUGUGCUGCCUGUGCGUAGAGGUUACUGGGGUAACAAGAUCGGCAGGCCUCACACCGUCCCUUGCAAGGUCACUGGCAAGUGUGGUUCAGUCACGGUGAGGUUGAUUCCAGCUCCUCGUGGUACUGGUAUUGUGUCUGCUCCUGUCCCUAAGAAGCUGUUGCAGAUGGCUGGUGUCCAGGACUGCUACACAUCUGCCCGUGGCUCCACUGGCACACUUGGAAACUUCGCCAAGGCUACUUAUGCUGCCAUUGCAAAGACCUAUGCCUAUUUGACCCCUGACUUGUGGAGGGACAUUCCACUCACAAAGUCACCCUACUCUGAAUUCAAAGUUUAAAACAAUUUGAUGUUGGUAAUUAAAUGCAUUUCAGAGUAAAAA